ACACAGGCCUUUCCUCAUAAAGUAAUUGAUAUGUUACAACGAUUACAGUAGUACUGAGGUUGAGGCUGAGGUUCAGUUUCAGUCUAUAACAACAGUCCCAGUGAUAUUUGCAUAAUAGCUGUUCUAGUGGGACAUGUAAACUGAUACAGCUAGGAUUAAUUCAGCAUCUUUACAGGGCAUAACAACACCAAGAGAUUUGAAGGAAAAACUAUCCCAUGGUUAGUAUACACCCGUAAUAAAAAUACACUCUUGACAUAAGACAGCAAUACAAACAUAUAUGGCAGAGUAAGUUCCCAUCUCAUAAUUAGGACAGUAAAUCCACCUCUGUGGGCGAAUCAGGCUGUCGUUGCCAGGGUGAUGUCUGAGAGCUGAAGCAAUAUUUUCUCCAGAGCAAUUGUAUCCACUACAAUAUACCAUCGCCAAGACCUCCAGCAGAAGAUUGGCUGCCUUCUCGGCAGCUCACCGAACCUACCGGUACCCUAAAUUCAGAAUAGCCUUUACGAAAACAACGUUAAUCGGUAGGGUUCCUUACAGAUGUAGGAUCUUCGUUUGAUCACCGUCUUGAAGGAGGACCUUCCUGCAAUGCAGGACAGUUUUUACUUUUGGUGUAUUUGAGGUUUCAAAGGGCAUCUGAAGUUUGUAAUUUCCACUUUGAAAUUUCAGACUUGAUUUUCCCUUGUGAACCAAAUGUAUCAACCCCUACCAAAACAAUGUCUAUUCAUUAUAAUCCACAUAAUAAUUUGCAUUUCCUGUUGCUGCCGGGUUGUUUUCAGAUGUAGCAACCUGGCUCAAAAUAAGAUCCUAAAUCUGUAUGUAGCUGGCUGGUAAAUUAUGUCAUGUAUGUGCUGAUUAUCUGUUUACCUCAGAGGUGUGCAACAGAUUUGAACUGGAAAGCUACAUGGUGUGUAGGCUUGUGUUCCAGGCCCACACUAACUCACCCUAUUGGACUAAUUGUGGUCUAAAUAGUACAUCUGUGCAAUGCAGGACAUUUUACAUUUGUAGCGUAUUUGAAGUGAAAAGGCUUCUGAAGUUUGUGAUUUCCACGUUGACAUUUCAGACUUUAUUUUCCCUUGUACUGAUCCCGGGAAAGAAAUGUCAAUAAAUAACGAUCCAUAUAAUAAUUCACAUUUCCUGUUGCUGCAGGAUUACUUUCCUGCUGUAGCAAUCUGGCUCAAAUUAAGAGCCUACAUCUGUAGACCCAGGUGUGUUAGUGCUGGGCUGUAGCUCUCCUGGACCAAAGCUGCCUGCCGGCUACACUGCUCACUCGGUGUUGAAGUACAGUGCAUUCGGAAAGUAUUCAGACCCCUUCACUUUUUUCCACAUUUUGUUACGUUACAGCCAUAUUCUAAAAUUGAUUGAAUAAAUGUUUUUCCUCGUCAAUCUAGCCCAUAAUGACAAAGCAAAAACGUGUUUAUUCGUUUAAAAAAAAUGUUUUCCUAGUUUUUGUUGCACUGUAAUAACCCUCAUUGAUGCUGUGUGUUGAUUGAUUGCCUCUGAUGAAUUUGUCAAAUAAAACAUGCUGUUGGUUUUUUAAUAAAGAUGUGUAAAUGUACCUGCUCUCGAGUCCCUCUUUAUUUACCUCAGAUACUACAGUCCAUCUCUCUUGGCUCUCUGUUUUGUCUGUGAGAAUAACAUGGCUGCUUCUACUGCUGCAUGGCAUGAGGGUUUUUUGGUCUCCCUUUCUCUUUCCCUCCUCCCUGUAUAUCGCUCCCUGUCUCUGUUCCCUUUUUCUUUCUGUCUCUCCAUCCUCCCGUAUUACAGAACACAUGGUCAUUCAUAAAGGGCCUUAGUCGAGGGGCGGGACCAGGUUAGCUUUGUUCCAAUGGGAGGCCGAGUAGUAAUGUGUCUGCUGGAGUAGCCGGCUGAAAAUCCACUGCUCAUUCUGGUUCAUACCGGUAUGCGCCUGCUCUCCUCACUCUGCCGGUGUGACUUGACAACCACACACACGAUGUUCUCUACACACACACACACACAAAAUGUUCUCUGCUGACAAGAUAACAUGCGGGAGUGUCGAGGUGGCAGGAAACAGAUCUAUACACACAUCAACAUAAACAUUUAUCGAUGACAUGUAGAUUGAGGAAGUGAAAGGGGAUUCGUGCUUCCUCUGCCUGGGUGUGUCUUCUCCGCUCUGUACUGUCUGAAAUGUUCACGGAUUAAAUUAAAUGACAUUUUGUAUUUCACGCAUCGAUGACAUGACUGGAUGAAGACAGUCCAGAGGAGGCCCUGACUGUUCUCAACACAGGAUUACACGAGUUCGCGUUCAGCUUCCUGCUACCACAGAUGCCCCUGGCCACGUCAUUUGAAGGGAAGCAUGGCAGUGUGAGGUACUGGGUGAGAGCAGAGCUCUACAGACCAUGGCUGCUGCCUGUCAGAGUCAAGAAAGAGUUCACUGUCUUUGAACACAUUGAUAUCAACACACCACUGCUACUGGCCCCUCAAGCUGGCACUAAGGACAAGACCCUGUGUUGCUGGUUCUGUGCCUCAGGACCCAUCUCACUCAGCGCCAAGAUAGAGAGGAAAGGAUACACACCAGGUGAGUCCCUCCAGAUCUUUGCGGAGGUGGAGAACUGUUCGUCCAGGGUGGUGGUGCCCAAGGCAGCGCUGUGCCAGACCCAGACCUACUUCGCUAAGGGCAAGGCUCGACAGCUCCAGCAGCAGGUGGCGGCCCUGCGUGGGGACACCCUGUCCCAGGGGAAGAGCCAGAGCUGGGACGGAAAACUGCUCCACAUACCCCCGGUCUCCCCAUCCAUCCUGGACUGUCCACUCAUUAGAGUGGAGUACUCACUGAUGGUGUAUGUGGACAUCCCUGGGGGGUUGAACCUGUCUCUGUCAUUGCCGUUGGUGAUAGGGACCAUCCCCCUCCACGCAUUCACCAGUCGAACCAGCAGCAUCAGCAGCUACUGUUGUACCGUCAGCUGGCCGGAGAGACCUGAGGCUCCCCCCAGCUACAGUGACCUAGCGGUGACAGAGGAGCAGAGGCGAGGCUGUCUGGAGCGCUGUGAAGGGUCAGAGGUCAACCAAGAGGGCCAGGGAACGCUGCAAGCUUACAUCACAGAGUUCAGAUUCCAGCCCCCACCUCUCUACUCCGAGGUUGACCCUAACCCAGAGCCGAGCUCUGGAGGUCAGGAGACCCGACCCCUGACCCUCUCGCUGAGGACAACACUGACCUGCUCAGAGCAAACAGGCAACUACACAUACAGAUGAAUCCAACAUGGCCACCAUUAUAGCCCCCUACUGGAGCCAGUCACCUACAGAUGGAUCCAACAUGGCCACUGCUACAGACCCCUGAAGUGGGACCAACAUGGCCGUCUCAUCCUUAGUUUCCUCAGGAUGGGGUCCAUUGAUGUUAACAGACACAGGGAUGUCAGCUGCGAGAGACACUGUGGAGAGGCCAGGAGACGCCUCAGUCUGACCAACAUGGCAGUUUUCUGCUGGUCAGGAUGAACAGAUAGUGCCUAGACCCAGCUUCUGAUACAUAUGACCAUUACAUGGCACAUCUAAGACUAGAAAGGAGAAGAGAGGAAGAAGAAAAGGGAGAGAAUCCACUGUUGGACUGUUGGAAACAGUGGUCAGGAAUCUCCUCCAGCCUCAGAGUGAAUUUUGCACAUGCCUUUCUCGUUGUUUGUCUACUUAACUUCCACAGCUUUUCUUCCUCAACGCUCAUAUAUGCUGCAACGUGGCCGUCAUUUUCUGACCACCGUUACCACGUAACCCGAAACCGAACACAGACUCUUUUAGAACAAACUAGGAAACAAAUGAAAAUAGAUGUUUUUUUUUAGAGAUGCGUUUAUGUGUCUUGGGUUUCUUGACUGGGGUGAAAUGACCGGUGUGUGACAGACACAGGUGAAGCGCUCACUCCCACUCUGUCUUUCUGGUGUCUUUCCUCACUACACAGAUACAGUGCCCUACAAAUCACCUGUUUGAUUGUAGUAUAUGGACAUAUGACACGGAGAGAAGCCCUGUGUCACAUAAGAUGGAGAGCAACAGACGGAUGUAAAAAAAAAAAGAAUGAUAAUGGUUUAAAAGGUCAAUUGUGGUUUUGAAAACAAAAUGAGUCCAACCGAGAUUGUAAUUCAAAGAUUAGCUCUACUUCCAAACUGAUACACAGUGAAAAAUAUUUUUGUAUUUGUUGUUUUUCUAUGUUUGUGUACGGAAAUGACUGCAAUCACGAUCUUCCUUUGUAUGAAAUAAAGAAGCCCUUUUGUAGA